CAUCCUAGUGUGACCGCGAUCAGUCUGGUGAGUUGACUUGUACUACCGGGUAGGGAAGCUUGUUGUUUUGUGGCACGCCAGCACAGCUUACUUAUCGGACCAGUACUCGUUGGUGUUGUGCUUUUGCAAGUCGGAAACACUUUGUCAUUGUCCCCCUUACUCGGACAUAAAGUAUUGGAUCUGUGUUUUCUGGAGCUGGGUCUUUGAAUUUUUUCGGAGCAUUAUGGCACGUGGACGUAGUGGUCGUCGCGGACGGACAAGCAGCAGAGCAGCGGAGCAACCUCGUCGACGAAGAUACAACUUCAGAGCAACACGCAGUCGGAGAUGUCGCUUGAUGGGAGGAGAUCAAGAGGGACGUCGACGAUGCAUGUUCAGUGAUGAGGAGUACAGGAAAAGGAUUGCGGCCCUUAGAGUUCUUGCAGAAGCCAAAGCCAUCAAGGUGUCGUCCGUGGAUCUCCACAAGGAGUCCAACAAGGAGAAGCACCACACGGACGAGUUCGAAAAGGAGGACCUGGUCAUCAGGAGGGGCCAAGCGUUUGACCUGUCCAUCACAUUCGACCGAGCCAUCACCAAAAGCUCUGACGUCAUAUUUCUACAAUUCACAACAGGUGCCCGCCCCCAGGAGAGCAAAGGCAGUCUACUCCGUCUCCCCCUCCUCGCUAAAACAAAACCUCCCAAGCGUGCCCGGGACUGGAUCGUGAAUAAUGUCAACAUCACUGGAAGCAAGCUGACGGCAACAGUAACGGCCUUCAAACGCGCCAUCGUCGGCCGCUACAGCGUGUACGUUGAGAGCAAGAUAGAGGGCGAAAAGAAAAUAAACAGAUAUGAACUGGAGGAUGAGGAUGUCUUUGUUCUCUUCAAUGCUUGGUGUAAAGAUGACGCGGUGUAUAUGCCGGACAGUAGUGACCGGGACGAGUACGUGCUGAGAGAUUCCGGCCGUAUAUGGGUUGGGUCAUCAAGGAACCACAGAGGCAGACAUUGGAACUUCGGACAGUUCGAUGAGCCCUGCUUGGACGCCGCGCUACUGCUGCUGGACAAUGCGGAACUGGGGGACACAGCGAGAGGGAGCCCGGUUGCUGUCAUCAGAGCAAUCUCGGCCAUGACUAACAGCAACGACGACGACGGUGUUCUGGAAGGCCGCUGGACAGAGACAUACCCUAAAAAUUCAACUGCGCCAUGGUUGUGGCCCGGAAGUGUCGCCAUCUUGGAGCAGUUUUACAAGACCAGAAAGCCGGUGAAAUAUGGCCAGUGUUGGGUGUUCUCGGGAGUGGUGACCACGUUGUUGCGCAGCCUGGGUAUUGGCACCCGAUCAGUCACCAACUUCGAGUCCGCCCACGACACCGACAGCAGCAUGACCAUCGACUCCCACUGGGACGAGGAGGGGGAACCAGUGGAUUGGAUGGACGAUUCCGUCUGGAACUUCCACGUGUGGAAUGAGUCUUUUCUGCGACGUCUUGACCUCCCCAAUGGAUACGAUGGCUGGCAGGCUCACGAUUCCACGCCACAGGAAUGCAGUGAAGGCGUGAUGAGGUGCGGCCCGGCGUCUCUCAAGGCCAUUAAGGAAGGUCACGUGUACCUCAGCUACGACACAGCCUUCGUCUUUAGCGAGGUGAACGGCGACAAGGUCCAUUGGCAGGUUGAUGGAGAUGGCGCCAUGGAAGUGCUCCGUAUCAACAGCCACGCCGUCGGGAAGUUCAUCAGCACCAAGGCCAAGAACUCCCCAUUGCGGGAGGAUGUGACCCACCUGUACAAGUAUCCUGAAGGUUCGGACAAGGAAAGGCAAGUUGUCAAGUUCGUCAACCAGUUCAGUUCUCGUGAAGAUGAAGAUAUUUACGGCACGAACGUGGAAUCUGACGUCGAGUUUUGCCUCGAGGUACCUGAAACGGCCUCCGUGUCAGAAGACUUCGUGGUUACCAUGAUUAUAAAGAACACAUCAAGCCAAACACGAACUGUUCGUGGGCGCAUGUCCGUGCUGACGUCAUACUACACCGGCAAUCCCGCCAAGCGGCUGAAAGGAGAAAUAACCGAUGUGAAAAUCCAAGCCAAACAACAGGAGAAGAUCACGGUGAAGGUCAGCCGCCAGGAGUUCCAGAGCAAGCUGAACGCAGAGGCCACCUUCCAGGCGUGCGCCAACUACAGAGUGACCGAGACCAGGCAGAUGUGGGCGGACACAGAGGCCUUCUGUCUCCUUAAACCGCCACUUCUGAUCGAAGUCCCUGGCAAAAUCCGUCCUAAGGAAAAAUAUGUUGGAAAAGUGUCCUUCACGAAUCCUUUGGAGAUCAAGGUGACCGGUGCUUCGAUUCAGGUUGAAGGGGGGUCGGCGGUCAAGGUUCAACAGUUUGACUACAAAAAACCCAUUGGACCAAAGGAAACUAUAUCUUUCGAGUUUGAGAUCACCCCCCGGAGUCGCGGCCUGCGAGAAGUUGGAGCGUCCUUCUCCUCGGAUCAUCUCGGUGGUAUUGACGGAUCAUUCGAGUUCAGAGUUAUCUAACUUGAUCCCCUUGAAGUCAAGGUCACCCAUCAUAGUUCAUCAUGGUUUAGUUUUGCCACAACAAUGGAGUUAUUUCUUCGUCGGAUUCGCAAUUUUGUCUUAAAAUACGUUGACAACGAAACCGAGGACAAUACUUUUCGGACUAAAAUUUCAGAUGGCCAUACGUAGCCACAAAAGUAACGUCGGGGGGGGGGGGGGAGACGUCCGAUCAAAGUUUUGAACAGCUAACAUAUGAUAUAAGUUGUAGCAGGAUCACUCGGGGUACAUGGGAUUUGAUGCGUCCCGCGUUAGGUUUUAUACCAUGAGCCGGAAUCCACGUGCAGCCUGUAUUGUUCGUGGUGGGGUAUAAGAGAUUUAUGCUCCCGCUGAGAAAUGUAUAAGCUUCCAAGGCGGGUUACACGGUAUUUUAUCAAGAUCACGUGGACCAAUUAGAUCUCGUCAUGCUGACAUGGAGGUAUGAUAACCCUCUUAAAGUAUCAUCUCUGGCAAUGCACUCAUAAAGCCUAUUAAACAAACCCAAAGGCAGGAAUACCCCCAGUUACACGUGACGUAUAUACGUCUCUGAGUAAUUACAUUUCUUCACACGCUACCAUUGUACAACUACCAUUUAGGGCUCGUGUGUGGCGAAAUCUAAUGACGCCAAAAUUUGGACAAUAUGGUAAGCAUCGUUAUGGAAUUUGUCUGUGCUUGGAAUGAACGUUCGAUGUUACUUUAAUAGUCUGGUGCAAAACAUACGAAGUGCUAACACCAUCAAUGAGAAAAGUGAUUUUUUUAUAUUUUUGGUAAGAGUUAACUCCAUUGAAAGAAAGUUCAAAACGUUCGAAUUCCACUGACUUCUAUUACGGAAUCCUAGAAGGGCAUUGUCGUCAAUGUAAUAAUGUCCCUUCGGAGAUUCCAUGGUUAUAACCAAUACAUCCGACGAACAAAUGAUUAAAUUGUAAAGUAUAGACUAUAUGUCGACCAUGUCAUGUUUUGUUGGUUAAACUGUAGGAUUCUGUAGUCACAUAACGGUAGCAGCUUCUCUCAUGUAGAACACAGGGCACUGGAGUGACUGGGCUCCAGGCUAACAGCGCUUUACUUGCCGCGCGAACCAACAGUGGAACCAGUUUAGGACACUGGAUUUCUCCAGCUUUACAAAUGCCAAAUCCAAACAUGCUUGAGAAAUCAGCACGUGUUAUUGUCCAGUGACAUUUGUCAGAUUACAGAGUACGAUACCUGUCUUUGAAAUCCGAAUGCUUUCAUUUUGUUCACGCUAUUGCUGUUCAUUCGUGUCUUUUCGUAUGUUUCCGUUACAAGUACCUUAUUCAUUCGUGAAUUGACGUGUCUUUCCAUUGCAAGUAACUUACUCAUUCGUGAUAUUUCGUUGACUGUUAUUUGUCCAUAGGACAUAAAAUCGUAGUUCUUUUUUUAAAAGAUACGAUAAGAUGCGAAAGACGACUAACCUUACCUAUUCCAUUCACCACAACUCGCAAUCAUUUUUCCUAAAUCCAUUCGUGUCACUUCGGAACAAACCAAAAACAUAACGGAAAGUUGCGAGUGGUGACGAAUGGCUUGGUUGAGGGAUGUGGCUACUAUAUCUAGGAUUCCAUAUUAACGUAUAUAUUUUACAUGUUCCACGUCAACCAUCAGUUCACGUCAUACCUUCACCGUGGUUGUUUGAGGAAAUACAACUAGACCAGAAUUAAUGGAAUAUUUCGCCGGAUGCCUCAUUGUAGGUUCUGAACAUCCCGGUUUUGAGUACGUUGUCAUUUUGUAAAAAUGAAAUUUCAAGUCAUAAUAUCUCAUUUUGAAGUAUCAUAAAAAAAAACACAUUUUGCGUUCCUCAAAUGUUAGCACCUGAGAAAUGUUCCGUUAAAUUGAAACGGUCUUAUUAUUCCCGGUUAUGAUCUCAACAUAUUUCAAUUCAUCAGUCAUUCCCAAAGUGAUAUUUACAUGCAAUGAACAACCAAGGUUAGAACAAUUUUUGUGGCCUACCCCAUGGAAAAAACGUGUUCAUCGCGUUCAGUCACGUAACAGACAUCGUAGCUACAGACAAGCGAUUAGCAGUAAUGCUGAUUUGUUGAUUUGUAAGGGAGUCUAUAUUUAGAUAUCAUUUAGACACCCUGUUUAUUGAAAACAUAUUCUACUUCCAGGAUUACAUGAUUUUGGGUGUGGAUAAAGUGUUCCGGGUUGGUAGGGCUUGAAACAACUAGACUUACGGAAGGCUCCUUUCCGAUUAUUAAAAUUGAUUUGAUUAAUUUUUCAUAUAUUUUUAAAUAAUUUAAGAUGACAUUUACAUCUUUGAUAAUUCAUUUACCUCAAUUUCAUUUCCGAAAUCUAUAUGUUGCGAAAUCCCAAAACAAUCAGUGGUUCUUCAAAUGAAACAUUUUAAUACACGAAAAACACAACAGAUGUACGGGAGCUAUUUAAUAAAAAUAACUUUCUUCGUACAUUGAGGAUAAGAAAUCCAAACAUGCUCUUUAAAAUUAUUUGUAAAUUGAGAGUAGGAAUUUACACUUGAUCAAAGUCGGCGUGGCCUUAAUGCCGGAAGUGAUGUAGUCAGACUUGGGCACGAUCAAACAUGGCAGCUACAAACGCGAAUGUGAAAUGUCUUUGAAAGACCGCGUAUCUCGAUGUGUGAUUGUCGGUAUAAAAGUUUGUUGAGAACAUGGUUUGUGUAUGAACAGAAACAAUAUGUGUCAAUUGCAAUGGUUACUGGGAAAACAGAUGUCCAUCCACGUGAGCUUACUUUAACCUGUACCCAGGACAUUCACCGUUAAUACUUCACGGGCGUGUAUGCAGGCCCGUGAAGUAGUGACGAUGCGUGUCAUUGGUAGCGCUUCGUUAGAGAACUGUAUUCUAUAGUUUUUCUCAGGAGCCGUACGUGGUACUUUCCUGACAAUAAAAACGCGCACAAUACGCAUUCAAACUAAAAACGCAAAACAGUUAAAUGUAUAAAUACUUUGACUAGUUCGCGCCAUAUUCACUGAUCACAUAGAUGCUGCUUUUUUUUAAAAUUUUAAAGCUGCAACAAUUUCCGAUUGAAUUUAAGCACAGCGGAUGAUCUCUUUGUUAAGGUUGCAAUCUAUGAAUUGAAGGUGAGGUGAGGUGAAAUUGGGUUUAACGUCGCGUCCAAGAUUAUUGCACUUAUAUAGCCACGUGCAUGCACGUGUAUGUGUGUGUGUGGCUGCUUGUACUAGUACGGACUGAUGCCGAUUUAUAGUUGCUAGCUCACUGAGAUACCAUGUCGCAGUUUAACAUGAAUACCCAACUCAGACUCCGAGCCGACCAGUCCUUGUUUUAGCCCCUUAAUGCCGAGCGCCAGACAGGGUAACAACAAGUACAAUCUUUUAACGUCUUUUUGUAUGACGCGGCCCGGGAUCGAACCCUGGACCUUCCGCUCUCCGGGCGGACGCUCUACCACAAGACCACGGAGGCGGUCUAUGAAUUGAAAAUGCACAUUAGUCGGUAUUAUGAUGUGUUAUAUGUUCCACUGCCAGGUCCAGUUUUGUGAAUGUAAGAAGUAUCUUGAUGUUAGAAUGUUAGACAUCCAACGUAGAUCUGCUCAAUUUACUGCCAUGUUAACAUGUCUGUUUUUUAAGAAUUUAUGUAUACUGUUUCUGGAAUAAAAUCGUUGUGAUUUCUUUUA